GAGAGAGAGCUGCGUAAGGCGUGGGGGAGACGGUGGUUCUGUGCUGGCCGGCAAGAAACGCCUCGUGGGGUUGAAGUAAACAACGGUUCACCUCCAACUACAGGAGGGGGAAGUGAAGAGCCUUCCUCUCACUGAACGGCCCUUGCCUCCCGAGCAGCGUAACGUCUUUCCAGGGCAGCGAAGUCAGACUAGUGGCGCUGCAGGCGUCUGGAGGACGAGCAGAAGGGGAGGCGAAGAGGCCGAGGAGGAGCGGUUGCCAUGAAGCCCAGCGAGAAGCAGGGGGUGGCGGCCCGAGGAGACGACCCCUGGAAGGAGUGUGUGGAAGUGGCUGUGCAGUUGGCGGUGCGGGCGGGACAGAUUAUUAGAAAAGCUUUCACUGAGGAAAAACGAGUGUUCACCAAAACGUCUGCAGCAGAUCUUGUGACAGAAACUGAUCACUUUGUGGAAAACUUAAUUGUUUCUGCUCUGAAAGAGAAGUUUCCCUCUCACAGGUUUAUUGCAGAAGAAGCUACUGCUGCUGGUUCAAAGUGUGUCCUGAGUACCAGCCCUACCUGGAUUAUUGAUCCAGUUGAUGGUACCUGCAAUUUUGUACACAGGUUUCCAACUGUGGCUGUUAGCAUUGGAUUUGCUGUUAACCAAGAGCUUGAAUUUGGUGUAAUUUAUCACUGCACUGAAGAACGAUUAUACACUGGUAGAAGAGGUCAAGGCGCAUAUUGUAAUGACAAAAGGCUUCAGGUAUCAAAAGUGACAGACAUUUCAAAGGCCCUGAUUUUAACAGAGAUUGGUCCAAAACGAGACCCUGAGACACUGAAACUAUUUCUUAGUAACAUGGAGAGGUUACUGAAGGCCCAAGCUCAUGGCAUUCGUGUAAUUGGAAGUGCUACUUUGGCACUCUGCCACCUAGCAUCCGGUGCUGCAGAUGCCUAUUAUCAGUUUGGCUUGCAUUGCUGGGACUUGGCCGCAGCUACUGUUAUUAUCAGAGAGGCAGGUGGUGUUGUCAUAGAUACUUCAGGUGGCCCUCUAGACCUAAUGUCAUGCCGAGUGAUUGCUGCAGGUACCCAAGAAAUGGCUGCAUUCAUAGCUCAACAAAUACAGACUAUUCAUUAUGGAAGAGAUGAUGAGAGUUGACAGGACUUAAAAUGUUUCUGAAAAUACUGAGGAACCUGCCCUUUAAACUACUUCACUUCCUUCAAGAUGGCUUACUUAUAAGAUAAAUGGCUUAAAGGUGUGCUUUCUUGUACUGUCUGUGUUUCAAAAAUGUUAGGACAAGUUUUUACUGGCAUUAUAGGAAGGUGAAGGGAAUUUUUUAAAUUUUGUAAGCUUCUGGGCUCUUUUUUAAAUAAAAGUUUAUUUCACCUGCACUUUCAUAAAUAUGUUAUAGGCAUUGUGGACUGAGUUAAUUUCUUUCUUCUUUGAAUAUAGAAGAGGCUGUUUGUAACAAUGCAGUUAAAAAGAAAAGGCUAAUUUUGCAGAUCUCAGGUCAACUAUAUUUUGUUCUGCAGCAGGGAACAAGUAGUUUACAUGGUGUGCCUAAAAUAUCCACAUCCAACAGUACUUGAGAAGACAGUUAGCUCUAUCAUAAAAAACCUAUAUGUAUUGGAUUAGAUUCUUAUUAUUUCUGUGGUGCUCAAGAGUGCUUACAGUACAUAUCCUUUGAAUUGUGUGUUGCCUUUCUAUAAUUAAUAUAAUUGGUUAUGCUGAGCAGAAGGUGAAAAAUUAUUUUUUCUUAUAAAAUUGUUCAGUGAUUCCAGAAGCAUAAUAUUUAGCAAAAUUUUAAGUUAUAUCAAUGCAAUAGGAUCUGACAUCAGUAUUUACUUGGUAAGGGCAUGACAGUUUUAGCCUAGUUAUUGGCAUUAAGCACAAAAGUUGGCUGAGAGCCAGUGUGGUAUAGUGGUUAGAUUGAUGGCCUAGAACUGGGGAGACCCUAGUUUAAUUCUGUACCCUUCCAUGAAGCUUGCUGGGUGACCUUGUACCAGUCACUCUUUCAGCCUCCAUGAGGUUUUCCGGGUAGAACAGAGGAAGAGAGAACCAUAAAAGCUCCCCCAAAUUCCUUGGACAAAGGGCAUCAUGAGGUAGGUACCUGGUACUGCUAUCUCUAAACUGCAUGCAUCAGAAAGGAACUACCCAGUAUAUCAAACUUUAGUAAAGGAAGGUUUGCAUAGCCAAAUGCCAGCGUUGGAGGACAGUUUUUGUGGCUCCCAUUACAGGAUAUGUGAUUGAAAGAUUUAAAGACAGGCUUGGUGAUAGAAUACAUGCAGAAUUUUUGGGAACCAAGCAGAAUGAUGCCACUUUAGCCUAGCUCUAACUGAAGUAUGUUGUAUCUAUGUCUAGAAUCAUAGUCGAACAGCAGUUAAGGUACUGAUAUAACAAUGUUCCUAUUGCUACGACUACUACUACUACAACAAAAAAAAGAUUCUGCACUUAGAAAAUUAGCAUUACAAGGACAGCAUCUACAUUAGCUUCCCCUCUGGAAGAAUUAAUAUUUAGAAGCAAGGUGAACCUGCAAUUGUCUGCUGUAACUAUGGGAAUAGAAUGCUGCUGGUUAUUUGUAGAAUCUUUUCCAGGUACAGUAGAUAGAUUGUAUUAGGGCUGUUGUUUGGAUCUCAGUACUAAAAAAUAGUGUUUGCUGAUAAAUGAUAUUCAAAGGGAUAGAUGUUUUUAGUAAAAAGGUUCAUUAUAUUAAAAUCUGAGAUUUGCAGUAUAAUCCUAAAAGAGUUUUUAGGUAGGUAGUCAUGUUGGUAUGCAAUAGAAAAGCAAGAUUUUAAUCCAGUAACCUUUAAAGAUCAAGCUUUCCAGGAUAAACUUUUCAUGACUCUCAAAAGCUUAUACCUUGGAAAUCUUGUUGCUUAAAGGCACUAUUGGAUUCCUAAAAAGAGUAAACCUCAUUGACAAGACCUCAGUAGGCUCUGAGUAGAUCUUCUUAGGAUUGCUGUUUUAGCCAUUUGCCCCAAUAUAUAUAGUUCUAGGACUUAACUUUUUCCAGAGAAAUGGAGAGGGGAGUGUUUUCUUCAACAAAGGUGUGCACGAUUGCAGGAAUGUUGCUUUGAGCGCUCCACUGUUAAAACAAAAUAUAUUUAAAGGUUUGCAAAAUGAUAGGCAUUGAAAAGUAGCUUUGGUGCUUUUUUUUCAAAAUGAAAAGUGUGUCUCUACCAUUUCUCCAGUACUGAAGCUGGGGGAAAGCAAAGCCUCCUAAGAAAUAAUCUUUUAAAAUGCCUUCUGAAAAUAUUCAGUAGAUGCUUGUGAGUCAGUCGUUCGCUCAGUCAUAUUCCAUCGGUAAUGAAUGUUAAAUCUAUGUAACGUCUCAUUUCCCAGGUGCAAAAUAUUGCAAUUUGAGUGCUUGAAAAAUGUGAUCUCAGAUGGGAAACCUUGAGGAAGGUGCAUAACAAUCAUCAUUUUAUUAUGUAACUAAACUAGUAUGCCAAAAGACCUUUCAAAUGUAGGUGCUAAAGACCAGAACCAAUUUCAUAAGCUUCUUCUUUUGAAUUGCUCAGCUCUUAAUUUCUUUAUAUGUCUGCACAUAAAAGGAAUUGGGGAGGAGUUAUACCUAAUUCUUGUGCCAAUGCUAAAUCCAUGCCGUAUUUGAAUGAUCACGUAGUAACUUCUGGUUCAUAGAACUGCCAACUCCUUUCCAGAAAGAUGCCUCUGUGCCUGUCCCACCUAUGUGGUAGUGAUAAAGCCUCUCUAAUCAAUGCAUCCUGAAGAAUGGGAAAUCUAUAUACAUUGAAUUUUUUCCUGUUUUACAGUCAUUAGAUAUGGAAAUCUUAGGAACAGGUCAGCAAACUUGUUUUUCAAAGUCGUUUUCAAAGAGUAAACUCACAAUUUUUAGUAAAUAGAUAACUAUGGUAGAUUGUAAAGAAUAACUGUAGACUGUGCUAUCACUACAUUAUAAACAUGACAUUAUGUAACCAUUGCAGUCCAAGACUGCACAGAAUGUAAUACUGAAACUGCAGGUACUCUUGAAAAUUAGAUAUUUUGGCAAUGUACUUAAGUUUAGAGGUGACAUUGAAAAAUAAAAAUCUGUUCUAGGUGAAAGUUUAAUUUCCCAGGAAAUAUGUACAUCUAAGCACUAUUAUAUAUUAAGCACUUUAGAGCCUUCAAAGCACUUUUCAUACAUUAUUGUGAACUCCUUAUAAAACACCUUGUAAAUUACAUUAUUCUCCCAGUAGAGCUGAUGUGAAGAUGGAGGAAUGGUGACUUGUCUAAGGUCAUCUAGUGAAUUCAUUGCAAAUGUGAGAUUAAAACGAAGAAGGUUGGGGAGCGGACUUCACCAUGCUACCCAUUGGUAUGCAGGCGAUACUCUUCCCAAUGUUAUUCAACAUCUAUACAUACCCCCUCGCCCAGCUGGCUUGGAGUUUUGGUCUAGUGUGUCAGUUUGCAGAUUACAUCCAGUUAUAUCUCUGUUAGAUGAUUGACCAGAUGCCGGGCUGGAUACUCUGACCAGGGCUUUGGAGGCCAUGACUGGGUAGUUGAAACAGAGUUGACUUGAGGUUGAACUCUACAAAAACAGAGGUCCUGUAUCUGAGCCAUGCGUCGACAGGGUUGGGAAUACAGCUCCCAGCCCUGGAUGGGGCAUCAUUGGCACCUAUGCCAGUGGUGAGGAGCCUGGAUGUGGUCCCGGAUGCUUCCUUGUCAAUGGAGGCUAAGGUCAUGGCGGUUGCCAGAUUUGCAUUUUUCUGCCUUCAGCAGAUCAGGCAGCUUGUUCCCUACCUUUUGACCAGCAACCUGGCUACAGUGAUCCAAGCAACACUCAUCUCCAGAUUAGACUACUGUAACUCACUCUAUACAGGGCUGCCCUUGAGGUUGAUCCGGAAAUUACAGGUGGUCCAGAAUGCAACAGCACACAUCUUCACUCGGACGCGGUUUGGACACACACAUGCCCUGUCCUGUGUCAGCUGCACUGGUUAUCAGUUGAAUUCUGGGUCAAGUUUAAAGUUUUGACUCUGACAUUCAAAACCCUAAAUAGACUGGGACCUGCAUACCUAUGUGACCACCUCUCGGGAUAUGUUCCCCAGAGGGUCCUUUGUUCAGCCAACCAACAUCUUCUGGUGGCCCCUGGCCCCAAGGACGUUCUCCUAGCCUUGACCAGGGCCAGGACCUUUUCGGCCAUGGCACCCACCUGGUAGAAAUCCCUCUCUGUCAAAACUAGGACCCUGCGGGACUUGUUACAGUUCCAUCGGGCCUAUAAGACGGAGAUGUUCCACUAGGCCUAUGGUAGUGGUUGAGGCUUGGGCAGGCUACUUGGUUGGCUACUCUGCUGUGGCGUUGGUUUGCUGUUUAGCUGAGACCUCUGCAACCUGUCCUCUCUACCCUAAUGAAUUCCUGAUGAGGUGUAUUAACAUCGCACAUUGCUGCUUGGAAGGGGUUUUAAUUUUUAUAUUUUGUAUUACAGGUUUUAUAUUGUAUUUAAUGUUAUUCUACUAUUAUUAAUGUAGUUACACAACCUGAGCCCGCUCACGGGGAGGGUGGGCUAGAAAUGCAAUAAAUUAAAUUAACCCGCAGUGCCAUUUACAGAGCUACACCCUUAUAUGUCUAAUGACUUAAGUGGGCUUAGAAGGGUAUAACUAUUUAGAAUUGCACUAUAAGUAUCUUGGCUGUUAAGCCGCACGAGCUCCUUGAUUUAAAGGUUAGGAUUGCAGUCUUGUAUACUCACUAUAUAACAUUUUAAAUUAUUGCCCAUAAUGCACUUACCAGCUGUAAGUUAUCUAUUUGUGAGUGCCACUUUUGGCUUGAGAUAAUUGAAAUCCUAAAGGGAAGAAGGUGCUUGGGCAUAAUAAUUGAACUUAAUCUUUUUAAAAAAUCACCCCUCCCCAUCACCUGCCCUUUAAAAACAAUAAUACGUGGUCUCUUAACACUGGUACUUUUUUGUACACACAUUAUAGGAAGAAUGUUCACUAGGAAGCAUGUCCAUACUCCCAACAAUCAUGUUAAGUAUAGAGGGGAAAGUGCCAUUACAUAGUAUUAAAUAUUUUGUACAGAUCAAGUGUUGAAUAAGGAGUGUUUGCCUCUCACUAUUGUAACAAAUGAUUCUGAAAAUACAUGGAUUUCCUUUAAUAGCAUCUAACUUAAGAUUGAGCUAUGCAAGAGUUAUGAUGGUCAUACAUGGUGACUGCUGAAUUACAACUUGUGCACCAUUACUUGUUCACCUUACUGUGAAAUCUAGUAAUCCAUCUACCUCAUACAGGACUAUGAGGACUAAUGUGUGGUUGUAGAGUUCUGUAAAUGCUACCGCUUACCAUGAGUAGUAAAAUACAGCCUGUCUGUACGGAAACAUGUAUUCUCCAAUAAAAUCGUUGGUAAUUGGUUGAAGACUGCAUAAGUAACUACCUGUUAUGAUGUUUCAUGACUUAGACGGUUAUAAGAAAGGAUUGGACGAAUGAAUGGAGAGCAGACCGAUCAGUGAUUACUAGCUAUAAUAAGUAUCCUUAAUUCAGAGUCCUGAUCCUUUAUCUCUUCUGAACGUGUGACUUUUUGUUGCACUCGGUUUUCCCAAAAGAAUGUGCUGUGCUUACCUGAUGCAAGUACAAACAAGAAGGAAUAGCUGUUGCCCUUAUGCCCAUCUUAGCUUUACAGGGCCAUUUGGUUUACCAUUGUUUGGUGGCAGAGGUCUGGUCUAGUUGGACAUUACCAGAAAAGAUGCUUUCGCUAUCAGCGAUUACAGAUGAAGUCACUUGUUUUGGCCAUCAGUUGUAACAAUAAAAUAGUUACAGAUACAAACAAGUGAUUAUAUGGGUCCUAAAUAUUCAACUACAUAAUAAAAAUACUCGCAGUAGUUUAUGGCAGCCAACAACAGAGGCAGCCAGAUUGUUAGCAGUUCUACUUUCUAUUUGGAAAUUAGAAUAAAGUAUCUUCUCUAACAUUUACCACUUUCCCUGUUCCUUGAGUGUGGUACAAAUAUGAUCAGUAAUGUUUUUUUAAAAAUAGAGUAGGUGUCUUACUACUACCUCUUGUCAGUGAAUGCAGUAUUUCAAAUUAAAUGGGAAUUUAAAUGGACUUUUCCCCAUUCAGUGCAUCUUGUGCAAUGUGCUGGAAUUUUAAAGUAAUGGCUCUCCUUAAUUUUUAUUAAAGAGUGCAUCUGUUCAAUGUUAUAGUCUGUACAGCUGCCUGCAGCAGUGGCAUUUACUACUUGCUAAUGAACAUUAUAUGUUUUUGUCUAAAGUAAAUCCUUUGAGUUAAAUGAAGGUUAUUCCUGGUUAAGUAUUACAUCUUAUCAAGCUGGUAGAUGUCAUUAAACACCAACUAAAUUUGUUGAGUCUUCAAAAACAUUAAAUGAUAUUUUCACAAAUAUAACUUAAAGACUUAUUUCAGCAAGUGUACAUAAAAAUGCAGUGCUUGCUCCUUAUAUCUGCUGGAGUAAGUGUAGCCACUCUAUUAAAAUUAAUGCUAUUGUUUUAUCCCAGACACUUAACUAUGUUAUGGUUUUAAGGGUGACUGAAACCAUGAAAAUGAUGUGCUGAACAUUUAGAUUGAGAAUUUACUUGUACUUUUACAUGAAAUAACAUGUUUUUUCAUAAAUUUGUUACACAACCAAUAGCUUAGAGUGAACACCACUAUGGCUACUGAUGUUCCACAGGCUGCUACUCAAACCCCUUUCAUCUGUGUCCAUUCUGAAAAAUUACAAGAUUUGAGCACAAUCCAAUGCUUUUGAAAUAUAGGGGCUUUGUCCUUUUUUAAAAAAGGAAAUACACUAUGCAGAUGCAGAGACUUCCUCCAUCUGUGAAAAGCUCCUCUUGAGAAAACAAGAAGCUUUGAAGCACUGGAGGGAGGAAUAACAGCCAUAGAGUGCAUAUAGGCAGAUAUAAUGUUAAGUGCACAUCCACAGCAGGCUCACCACUUAGCAAGUUUUGUUUGGAUAUACAUUUUCUUCCCUUCUUUUGAAGUUACACAAAAGAAGUAUCCUCCUGGCAGUUUCCUUUGACUUCAUUAAAAAACACACACACACACAUUCCUGAUGGUUAAGGAACUCACAGCCUGAAAGCAAUGCACAUUAAUGUGCUACAGUGAGCAGGGGAAUAUUGUCCUUCCUGUCAGCAGAUGAUCCCUAGCAUGCAAUACUGUCUUUAAACUUUUAUUCUGAUUUUUAAAGGAAAUGGAAAUGAGUAUUUAAUUGAACAAAUAUAUGCGCUCUAAACUUUCUUUUAAAAAAAAAGUCUGAGCCAUUGGGAGAAGGGGGAGGCUCAGAAGGACGGUAACUGUCCAUGUACAAAUGAUGUACACGGACAGUUACAAAACAAAUGAUUUUGUCAAAUGCAUUGUAAAGGUGGGUGGCAACUUAACUAGAGCUACAGAAGAUAAAAUCACAGUGAGAUCUGAUAUGCAUGUAUGUAUAGAGAUACCUACACUGUGUAAGUAAAACUUAAGUAAAAAUAAUAUACAGGUACAAGAAGUGACUCCCAUUUUUUUAAAAAAAUGUAAGGGCAAUACUUAUUUCUCAAGUGACUAAAUUCAGUGUUGUGCAUUUGGAUAUGUUGUUUGAUAACAGAUUGGAUAGUGUUCUGGCAAAUUCUUGCAAACGUGCUAUCUAUAGGAGUUCUGUGUAAUAAAAUGUGAAACUUGAAUAAGCUGGUACUUGAUUCUGAAGUAAAAGUGAGAAUUAAAAUGUUUUGCUGUC